AUGACCGAGGAGAAGGGGGUUCGCCCUCAAGUUAUGAGCCCAUCCAAGGGUAAAACCGUUACGGAGAAGAACGCCGACGUGACGCUACGAUUGCUCGAACAACAUGGCGACGACUUCGGGCCGCUUACGCCUGAGUUGGAGAAGAAGAUCCGCAGAAAGCUUUAUCUUCGCGUCAUGACUCUGUUGUCCGCAAUCAACAUUAUGUUGUUUGUCGAUAAGUCAACGCUCGGCUAUGCCGCCAUCCUAGGCCUCUUUGAGGAGACCGGUAUCAGACAAGCCCAGUACAACAAUCUGAACACAAUGUUCUACGUCGGAUAUCUGGCAUUCCAAUGGCCCGGUCACUACCUCAUGCAAAAACUACCUUUCGGCAAGUACGUCUCCAUAACCAUCUUCGCCUGGUCCGUAAUCAUCUUUUUGCACUGCGUCGCAACCCGCUACGCCGGCCUUGUCGUGAUGCGCCUCGCUCUCGGCGCUGCGGAAGCCGUCAUCGUGCCCGCGAUGGAGAUUACAAUCGGAAUGUUUUUCAACCGCCACGAGCAGUCCUUCCUGCAGCCCGUGCUCUGGAUCACCUGCCAGGCAGCCCCCGUGGUGACGGGCUUCCUCUCCUACGGCCUACUCUGGACUACCGGUCCCGUCCUCCCCUGGAAGCUGCUCCACGUCGUCACGGGCGGUCUCACGCUUCUCCUGGCGGUCUGGGUGUGGUUCGAUUACCCCAGCAACCCGGCUGAGGCGCGCUUCCUUACACUCGAAGAGAAGGUGCAGGUCAUCCGACGCGUGCAUCAAGCGCAGCAAAGCUCGAUCGAGCAGAAGCAGUUCAAGAAGGAGCAAUUCGUGGAGACGAUGAAGGACCCCGUGUCGUGGCUGUUCGCGUUGCAGUCUUUCACACUGAUGUAUUCGAACAACCUGAACUACGGACAGAAGAACCUUAUCACUACGUCCAUCGGUAUCAAGCCGCUCGGGUCUACCCUUGUCGCUGCGGCUGGAGGCGGUUUCGGCAUGGCUUGCUGCGUCGUCGCUACAUUUGCCCUGCGCAGGUGGCCAAAGAAUCUGGCUCUGCACGGGACGGUGUGGUGUCUUCCCGCUGUAGCGGGUGGUAUUGCCAUGGUCACAAUCAACUGGGAAUCCAAAAUCGCUCUUUUGGGAUCGCUUAUCUUGGCUGCCAGCACAUAUGGCGUGACCUACAUUAUCGCGUUGGGCUGGACGACAUCGACGGCGGCAGGGUACACCAAGAAGCUGACGCGGAACGUCAUGUUUAUGCUAGGCUACAGCGUCGGCAAUCUCGUGUCGCCGCAGAUUUGGGUGUCGAGUAACGGGCCGCGGUUCUACGGCGCAUGGUCAUCAAUGAUCACGGUCAGUUGGGUGGGCACGCCGCUCAUCCUUUGGAUUAUCCGUUUCAUCCUUUCGCGUAGGAAUGCAGAAAGGUUGGAGUACAUUGCUAACCUGAGUGAUGACGAGCGGGAAGGGUGGGUUGAGCAGGUGGAUGAAAAUGGCGAGGUUAUCAAGGUCAAGGUCGACAUCGCUGUAUUAGACCUGACGGACUUGCAAAACAAACAGUUCAUUUACCCCCUGUAA